CGGCGUGCCGUAACCAAUCAGAGGAUUGUUUUUCUCUCACGUCGGUGCACGGAUAGUAAGCUAACGGAUAUUGCAAACAUAAACUAAUAUAAAGAGUUCGUGUUGUUUCUGAAGGCGGUAUAGCACGGGAAGGUUUGUACACUUGGAGUUAGUCUUUUUUGCUGGGCUUUUAUUCGGGAGAAUGUGGAGCGGCCAUUACAGCGAGGACACGCGCAUUGGGUAACGUGAGCUAACGAGCGUUAGCAAUAGCCUGCUAAUUUUCAACGUUCCGCAAGGCCGCGGAGAAACACAAGAGCUGCUUCCUGUUCUUGCCCCAUUGAGAAUGUAGGUUACGUUACGAUUCGCGUUACAAAAUCACACCGAUUGCCUCAGUAGCUAUUUCAGUUUUGUUCAGUUUGUUUUAGUCGUGCUUGCAGGCUAACCAAGCUUGUUAGCUAUUCUGCUAGCUAGCUAGCAUGAGUGAACUGACGGGCUGCAAACAGUCCGCUGACUCUGCAUCGAGGAAACGGUGUCCAUCACCCGACCAUAAUGAAAGCAAUAAGAUCCCCUGCAAGUCCGCGAAAGUAAGUGACGCAUCAAAUGAAGCGGGGCUCACUUCAGAAAGUUGCAGGAACAGUGAAGCACAGAGUAAAGAAAUAGCCGGGAGCGAGGGCCAGUCAAGAGCUAGUGAGGGAGCUGCAGCUGCCGUGCAAGCGGAUCAGGGUUCAGACAGAACAGAUGGCACCAGUGCACUGCCUGUCAACAACUCCAGUGCUGACGGUCACGGUACCAGCAACACAGAAAAGCCACAGUCCUCAGACGCACAUGGGUCUGCACAGGCAAGGGGGGAUACAGAGAAGACAGAGGGAGCAAAGCAGCGUCCUUCAGCUUCUCUGGACCAAACCGACUCAGCAGCCAUAGCAGCUGCUGAAGCGCUUGCCAGUCUCACAGGAGGAGACGGGGAAGACAGUCAAGAGACUCCAUGCUCAUCUGAAAAGGCCAAACAGGUGAAACUGGGGAGCAAAUUCAAGCAACGCGGGGGCCACCAGUCCUCAAGGACGGGCUCUAAAACUCAGGCAGCUGCUGCAGACAGCUCCACAUCUGUGCAUAGUACUGACAGAGAGGAUGCAGAUGAGAUGCCAGAGGCAGACGAAGGUGAUGAAUCCAUAUCUGGAUCGUCCUCCACUCCGAGCUCCUCUUUCCCAUCAGACAAUGAGGACAAUGACGAUGGGGAGUGUGCCAUUGUGUCAGUUAAGAUGGCCCCAGAGAUGAGACAGUCGGUGGCUCUCCUGGCGCAGGUACAGAUGAGGCUGGAAGCUCUUGAGAAGAAAAGCGCCCGGCUUCACCAACGGCUGGAGCUGAAGAUCAGUCGUCAGCGGCGCCCACAUCUGGAUCAGCGCAGCUCCAUCACAAAAACCAUCCCUGGCUUCUGGGUGACGGCUCUGUUGAACCAUCCUCAUCUCUCAGCUCACAUUGAUGAGACUGAUGAAGAUGCUCUUAGUUACAUGACUGAUCUCGAGGUAGGAAGUGUUUGUGUACUUAAUAAGUUUGGCUCUUGUAAAUGCCCUGCAGCAGAGUUCAGACAUUUCCUGUUGUCUUUUCAGAUUGAGUCCUUCAAGAAUAAUAAACUAGGCUACAGGAUCCGCUUCCACUUCCGACGGAACCCGUACUUCCAGAAUAACAUCAUCAUGAAGGAGCUGCACCUCGGGAUGGGAGGAUCUCCCAUGUCGUUCUCCAAUCCCAUCCUGUGGCACCGUGGACAGAACCUGACGGCCCACAGUGAACCCAGGAAGUCGUCGCGUGGCGUCUACCAGACCUUCUUCAGCUGGUUCAGUGACCAUAGCAACCCAGGACAAGAUGAUGUAGCACUGAUACUUAAGGACGACCUGUACAGGGACCCUCUGAGAUACUACCUCACUCCACUCUGGGAACCGAGAGAGAACGGCAGUGGUGGCAGCGGGGCCAGAGCUGCUGACAACGGUAAUGGAGAUGAGUGCGUAGUGAUCUCCGACUCAGAUGAUGAGCCCGGCGAGGAAGCUGGUGAAGCUGAACAAGGUCACAGUAGGGAGGAGGAAGAGGAAGAUGAAGAGGAGGAGGAAGAAGAAGAGGAAGAAGAAGAAGAGGAGAGGGGGCCAAGUGCUGAUGAGAGUCCAGAGGAGAAGGACGAUGGUGGUGGAGAAAUUGUGAUUGACGGCUCUGAUGACAGUGAGCAGGAAGAGGAGGAGGCCUGAAAAGACAGAAGGAAGAAGGAAGAGGUGGGGUGUGUGUCGAAGAGGGCGGGUCAUCAAGGGACCAGAGACGAGGAAGAUGAGGAGGACGCCAAGAUGAUGAUGAUGAAAACCAGAGCAAUGUCAUUUUUAUGCACAGAAUAUCAGUUUUUGUUGUUUUAUACCUAAAAUACAUGGAAGCAUUUUAAAUCAGGGUUAACUGUAAUAAUAAAGCCAAGGCAGCAUGGUUUCCCCUCUAUUUUGUACACUCAGUACUGUGUAUUCUGAUUCACUUUUUGCAAAAACGUUCUUUUCUAAACCGGUUCUUUGCCAGUCAGUUCAUACAAGUAGUGUUCUUCUAUGUGAGGAGGAGCAUCGUACACACACGCCUGCACACAUGUAGGUGAGAUCUUGAUUGCCGCUUGUUGUCGGCAUGAAAUUUGCAUUGCAGAUUCUUCUUUAAAAAAAAAUCUUCCAGUGGCAUUAUUUAGUGGUCAUUUAAAGGCAAAGUUUUUAGAUUUGACGUCACAAGAUAAAUUGAUAAUAAAGGCAGUACGUGUCAGAUGCACUGAGUACUGAACCAAAAUUUGUUCUCAGGGAUGAUCAUGGUGAUAGUUUUAUCGAAAGAACCUUGCUGAUUUUCAGACAUUUACACUCUCUGGUGAUUGUUGGCUGUGUAUAAGGAAACGUGUACUCUACUGUAGUAAAUAGGAACAAAUAUUGUUUUAAUAUGCUACCUGUGUUUCUCCUUCUUCAUCUACAUGUUCGGUCUUGUUGAACACCAACCUUCACCCCCUGUUAACAACCUGUAAACCAGCUCUGAUGUUUAAAGUCAUAGCGUAGUUUGACCAACGUUUCUGUGGAUUUUUUUCCCCCUUAGAAUUUAACUUUAUUUGAUUUUUUGCUUUCUAAAACAUUUAAGAUUUGUUUCCAUGUAAUGUGUUUUAAGGUUUGUGUUAUCUGCUUUUUUUUUUUAAAAAAAGUUGGUAUUUAUUAUGUUUUUCUACACGUCCACAUUAAGGCAUGCCCGUGAGCAUGAACUGUAAGACAGGAUGAAUACAUUAAGGCUUUUUCUGUGCACAGUGUCGGUAAAUGUCAUUAAAACUUCACAGCAACAUUAUGGGGUGCACUGUAACAAAACUAGUAUUUGUAUUCGCUUACUUUUCUUAGCAAUGACCUGUAAAUAAUAUUUCAGCAUUGUCUUUUGGAUGAGACAAGUACACGUGUUUAAUCCAUGGAUGACUUUAUCAAAUAAUCUGGAGUUUUUUCAUAAACAUGAUCAGAAAGUUAUAUUUUGUGUGCUGUGUUUUAUAGAACACUGUAGUUUAAAGAUACCUAAUUGUUUGUUGCUUUGGUUAAUUUUGUUUGCUUAACGAUAAAUGUCCACCUUUUGAAUCAGACCUAAUAAAAUAGGCAGUUGUUUCA